AUGCAGACUCUGGUCGACGCCACAACGUUGCCAUUCAACGUUGGGUCAAAUUUUCUGCAAAUUAUUAACCUAUUUCUAAAGGUAUGUAUGUGGAAUAACGAGAGGGAAGAAGGCAUAAUGACGAUACCGCUCAUGCGCGUAGAAGCAGAUUUGCCGGCAGAUCGUUCGUAUGUGUUUGAGUGUUAUCCUCACGUCAAAUGUAUGUGCCCCGCUUGGCGGCUAUCCACACAUAUUCACAGCUUACUUGUUACAAAUCGGGACGCCUUAGCAAUAUUCGCAGCUGAAGCCACCGAGUUCUCAGCUGCUUUCCCAGGAAUCAAACCCUACCUCCUAAUGCUCGUCUUGAACUUUCAGGUGCCAUUCUACAGGGAUAUACUCAUGUGUCACUGGCAAUGCUGCAUAUAG